GACUGCACAAUGCCUGUUCUUUACAUAAAAACACGUGUGCCUUCAAGAUUUUGUCGAAAACGUAAUGUGCUUUUCAUAAAAUUUGUAAAAUAAAAAGUGGAUUAAUAAUUAUUAGAAAUGGCUGAUCAAGUAUUCCAUCGGCCAGGGCCGUUGAAACAAACCAAUAAGCCCCAUAAAACGGGAAGACAUCGUUCCAAAGGGGCAAUUGAUAACGCUAUGAAAGGUAAAAUGGCUAAAAUGACCAUAUCGCAUAAGCACAGGCAAAUACAGCGAAGGGAACAAAGGCGUAAUCAAAUGAAUCAGUUACGCAAAGCCAAACGUGAGGAAGCUUUAGCGACCAAACGUCAAUUAGGUGGACAAAACACAGCGCCUUUUUUAGUCUGCAUAUUGCCUAUGCAUUUACAAAUUGAUCCCAAAUCAGCUUUAACUAUUUUGGGGAAUUGUGAUGAGGAGGCGUUGGUGGAACGUACGUCUACUGGUGUUACAUAUGUAAAUAUUCCGCGUUUCAAGCAACGUUUUGCAUUUAUUAUACCUCCCGUGGGAAGAGGCAAUGAGCUAGCUAUAUUAGAUUAUUUGAAAGUGUGUGACACUACGUUAAUGUUGACUUCGGCAGCAAUGGGGGAAAAUGAAGUCUUCGACAAAUGGGGACACCGUAUGUACAAUAUGAUGACCGCUCAAGGUAUACCCACACCCAUAGCAGCAUUAAUGGAUCUGGAAUCGUUAAACCCGAAAGCGCGUAUUCCAGCUAAAGCAGCUGCGCAAAAAUUUAUGUCAAAAUUACUGCCUAAGGAGAAAAUUUUACAAUUGGAUACUAACGCCGAUGGCUUGAAUAUUUUACGUCGUAUUGGUGGACAGAAAAAAAAUGUCCUUCAUAAUCGUAACAAUCGCUCACACCUUCUUGGAGAUCAUGUGGAAUUCAUAGACAAUACAGAAUCUUCAGACCAAACGGCUGAGUUAAGAAUUACCGGAUUCUUACGGGGUCUACCUUUGGACGUUAAUGGCUUAGUACAUAUUGUCGGGUUAGGUGAUUUUCAAAUGUCAAAAAUCGUAGCUACUACGGAUCCGUACAAAUUUGAAAAACGCCUUGAAAAACAUGUCUGCAUCGUUGCCAAAGCUGACGCUUCGAAGCAAACUUCUCUGCAAAGUGAGAAUAUACCUGAUCCCAUGGAUUGCGAGCAAACUUGGCCUACGGAAGAAGAAAUUCAAGAAGCCGAAAAAGAAGUCAAAAAAAUGAAAUUAAUUAAACGGGUGCCUAAAGGUUACAGUGAGUAUCAAACAGCUUGGAUUCCCGAUGUCGAAUCUAUAGAAGAGGAGAGAGAAUGUUCUGACGAUGAUGUAGACGGAGAAAUUGAGAGAAUGGAUAGUGAAGAUGACGAAUUUAUGUCUUGUGAUGAUAACUCAUUCGGCGACGAAUCCGAAAAGCCAGAUUCGAAUACUGAAGAAUACGUUGAUUCCACUUCUGUAUCAGAUGCAGCCGUAAACGAUGAGAAAUAUGAUUUAGAAAUGGAUUUUCAAGAAGAACGUGAAACUUUGAAUAAAAUUAAGGGGGCUAGAGCUGAUCAUUUGUGGCCGGAUGAAAUUGACACGCCGUUGGAUAUACCAGCUUGUACAAGAUUUCAGAAAUUCAGGGGCUUGGAAUCGUUUAGAACUUCGCCGUGGGAUCCGAAAGAAAAUUUGCCGAGUGACUAUGCUCGCAUUUAUCAAUUUCAGAACUUUGAUCGUACAAAAAGGCGUAUUUUAUCGGAAAGUAAAGAAAUUAGUGGAGCUAUGCCUGGGUGGUACAUUACUAUUUACAUACGUAAUGUUUGCAAGGACAAAUGGGAAUUAUUUAAAUCCGGCCGACAGACGGACAAUGUAGUUGUGUACGGCCUUUUGCAACAUGAACACAAAAUGUCGGUUAUGAAUGUCGUGUUAAAACGUACACCUGACUCGGAAGUCCCCAUCAAAUCCAAAGAAAGAUUAAUAAUGCAAUGCGGCUAUCGUAGAUUUAUUGUUAAUCCAAUCUUUAGUCAACAUACUAAUGGGAACAAACAUAAGUUUGAGCGGUAUUUCCGACCUCAUACAACAAUAUGUGCCACAUUUUACGCCCCCAUACAAUUUCCUCCAGCACCGAUACUGGCUUUCAAAAUUAAUCCCGAUUCAACACUGGCACUCGUGGCGCGUGGUUGUUUAUUGUCUUGUAAUCCGGAUCGCAUUAUCUUGAAGCGCGUAGCUUUAAGUGGAGUUCCUAUGCGUAUUAAUCGUAAAUCAGCUACCAUAAGGUAUAUGUUCUUCAACAAAGAGGAUGUAGAAUACUUUAAACCAGUUAAACUACGAACAAAAUGUGGUCGUGUAGGUCACAUUAAAGAAUCCUUGGGUACACAUGGUCAUAUGAAAUGCGUAUUCGACGGGCAAUUGCGCUCAUAUGACACAGUUUUUAUGUAUCUUUAUAAAAGAGUUUAUCCUAAAUGGACCUAUAAUGAUUGUCUAAUAAGUUGCGAAGAGGAUAAAAACGAGCAAAUGCAGAAAUGAUUAAUUUACUUUAAAUUAAUGUUUAAAACAGCAACAAAUUUUUAUUCUUAUUAAUACUGA